GGUCUCUAAGUAAAUGUCCCCUUAUGAUGCUACAGCAAGGCGAUAGAUGAGGGCUUCGCGUUCAGCACCAGAAGCCAUGGCUUCUAUCUUCUCUUCUGCUCUCGUCGGCCCGUUGUCGUAUCGGCCACCGGAAAGAAAAUCGCAGGCAUUUGAACGGCGCUGGUAUGGAGGUUCUGCACCUUCAGUUUUACAGGCACAAUUUUCCACCUCUAUUUGCUGCGCCCGGAAUUUAUCCAACAUCUUCGCCUCCACCCCGAGGUCUCAUCUUCGUGCUCGAUACGGCUCCAGAUCGGUGCGUUGUGAGGCGGCGGGAGAAGGGUCGCCGGGAAGCUUUGAUGGAACUGUAUACAAGGGCAUCUACGGUCCGUGGAGAGUCGAGCCUUCGGACGUCAGAGAGGUGAUCUUGUAUAGGACAGGGUUGGUAACUGCUGCUACAUCAUUUGUGCUUGCUGCUGCUGUUACUUUUCUUCCUGAAAAUGCUAUUUUGGGGGACUUUCUCAAGCAAAAUAUCGACUUUUUAUAUAUCCUUGGAGCUGGUGGAUUAGGCUUAUCAUUAGUCUUGAUUCAUAUAUAUGUCACUCCGAUUAAACGCUUUCUCCAGGCACUUUGGGUUAUUGGUACUUUUGGAUCUGCUGCAACAUAUCUCAAUCUGGCUAGUCCAUUAGAUGAGGGUUUGGUACAAUAUGUCAUAGAAAACCCAUCUGCUAUAUGGUUUGUUGGACCCCUCUUUGCUUCUCUAACUGGUCUUGUUUUCAAAGAAGGUCUUUGCUAUGGAAAGCUGGAAGCUGGUGUACUGACAUUCAUUAUUCCUGCUUUGCUUCUUGGUCAUCUGACUGGAUUGAUGGAGAAUGGUGUGAAACUGAAUUUAUUAGGCCUGUGGAUGGCUCUCUUUGUAGUGUUUGCAGCAAGAAAGUUUCAGCAACCCAUUAAGGAUGACAUUGGUGACAAAUCUGUAUUCAUCUUCAACGCUUUGCCUGAGGCAGAUAAAGAAGUUUUACUCAAGAAACUCCAGCAAAAGGAUGAUAGCUUAGUUGAUUAGUGUGAAACUAGAUGAUCACGUUUCAGCCGAAGGAUGAUAUGCUGUCGAGGUUACAAUGUCAGAGCAUGAGGCAAUUACAAAUAAAAAUACUAUAAGGUCAGUUUGAGAUUGAAUUUCAUGUUGGAUAUAUAUAUAUA